AUUUAAGUAAAAAAAGGCCCAGUCCCAAACGGAUUUAUCAGAACAGCACUAGCUCGACUCUCACACCUUCACGUCCGCAGUCGUUCUCUAAUCCCGAUUUAUCAUCGAUGGCCACAAUCAGUUUCUCAUCCCCGGCGACGGUGAACCCCCGAUCUUCUACUCCUUCAUUAUCCAUCGGAAAUUCACACAAUUCACUCUCAUUCCAUUCUCUCCGGAAAUCUUCUCUCAUCUUCCCUUCGAUAACCCUUCGGCCAACAAACGAGACAAAACCUCGGGGCCUUAAAGUCGUCGUUGCCGUUGCAAAUAAGCUCGCAGAGACAGACUCGGUGGCUGUUCCAUCGGAACACGGCGCAAUCGAUAGCGUGUUCCCGAAAGCUUCCGGUGUAUAUGCCGUCUACGACAGUAACGGUGACCUUCAAUUUGUCGGCAUAUCGCGAAACUUGGCCGCCAGUGUACACUCCCAUAAGAAAUCUCUCCCUGAGCUCUGUUCCUCUGUCAAGUUCGAUGUGGUGGAUGACCCUGACAGAACAGCUUUAACCCAAUGUUGGAGAUCCUGGAUAGAAGAACAUAUAGAAGCGACUGGAAAGGUACCACCAGGCAAUGAAUCUGGAAACACAACAUGGGUUCAGCAGCAGCAGCAGCAGCCCAAGAAGAAGAGUGAUCUGAGGUUAACCCCAGGGCGCCAUGUCCAAUUGACUAUUCCUCUUGAAGAUCUCAUUGAACGGCUUGUGAAUGAGAACAAAGUAGUGGCUUUCAUUAAAGGAUCAAGAAACGCGCCGUCUUGUGGAUUUUCCAAGAGAGUGGUGGCAAUUCUCGAGAGUCAAGAGGUGGAUUAUGAGAGUGUUGAUGUUCUUGAUGGUGAGUAUAACCAUGGUUUAAGAGAUGCACUCAAGAGAUACAGUAACUGGCCUACAUUUCCUCAGGUUUUUGUGAACGGGGAAUUGGUUGGUGGGUGUGAUAUCUUAACCUCCAUGUAUGAGAAGGGUGAGAUUGCCAGCUUACUCAAAAGUUAAAGGUGGCAUCUAUGUUGAGAAUUUGUUGUGCCAAGUUGAAUAACAAUGUCAUUACUAUGUCAUAUGAAGUUCCCUGUAGUUUCUGGUGCAAGCAACAAAGCUGUUGUAUCUAUAGUACUUCAUACAUUAUUAAUUAAUCAAUGUAAUUUAAAUAUUAAGUGGGUGAUAGAAUAUUAGGCAGGCAUAAUGAUUGCGUAAGAAACGAACUAAGAUAGAAUGCGAGUUUUGGACAUUAUUGGUAUGUUGCUUAGAAAUGAAAUUGUGUUGUUUGUA